ACCGCGCCGGACUGACUCCUGCCUGGGUCUAUGUGGCCAACCGCGCUAGAAGUGGAGCCGGCAGCGCCGCGACUGGAUUCCGCCGAGCCCCUCAGUUUACGGAGCGGUCGGCUUUUUGACCCUUCCCUUCGGCUCCGCCUUCUCCUCUCCGCCCCUCGCCCGGCGGCUGAAGCCCACCACCGGCCUGGGCGGGGCGCGCCGCCCAAACUCGCGGACCCGGAAGUAGUGGCCUCCGCCGCCUCGGCCAUGGAUACCGUCGCUGUCGCGCCGUCGCUCACCGAGGAGGACAUGACUGAAGUGAAGAAGGACGCUUUAGAAAAUUUGCGUGUAUACCUGUGUGAAAAAAUCAUAGCUGAGAGACAUUUUGAUCAUCUACGUGCCAAAAAAAUACUCAGUAAAGAAGACACUGAAGAGAUUUCUUGCCGAACAUCUAGUCGAAAAAGGGCUGGAAAGCUGUUAGACUACUUACAAGAAAACCCCAAAGGACUAGAUACUCUGGUUGAAUCUAUCCGGAGAGAGAAAACACAGACCUUCCUAAUACAGAAGAUUACAGAUGAAGUGCUAAAACUUAGAAAUAUAAAAAUAGAAUAUCUGAAAGGACUGAAAUGUAGCAGCUGUGAGCCUUUUCCAGAUGGAGCCACAAACAACAGCCUCUCUAGAUCAAAUUCAGAUGAUAGUACUUUAUCUGAAAAACUGAGACCGUCCACUGUUAUGUACCAUCCAGAAGGAGAAUCCAGCACAGCCCCCUUUUUUUCUACUCAUUCAUCUCUGAAUUUGCCCAUAUCUGAAGUAGGCAGAACUGAAAAUACCACCUUCUCUUCAACUACACUUCCAAGACCUGGGGAUCCUGGGGCACCUCCUUUGCCACCAGAUCUACAAUUAGAAGAAGAAGGAAAUUGUGGAAAUUCUAGUGAAAUGUUUCUUCCCUUAAGAUCACGUGCAAUUUCUCGGCAAUGACAGCUUUAUGCUCUUUCUAUUGUUUUUUUAUGUUUUUCUCUUAUGCCUGACUGCUCAGGGCCUACUCCUAGUCUGUUGCUUGGGGAACCCUAAAUUACCAGAGACUGAACCUGGGCUUCCCACUUGUGGAACAUGCACACUAGCACUAUCUCCCCUGACCCAUGUCGUUUCACUUUAAAAUAAUGACAAAAUAUAUAAAAGGAUAUGAAUCUAUUUUAUAUAAUUGCUAUACUGACUUACUAACAUUUGAAAUGUUUUAAAAUGCCAUGUAAGCAUAUUCUGUAAAUAGAAAUUUUUAGAAUAAAAU